ACCAGAUCAGAGUACAUACGUUUCACAUUACCUUUGAGAACGCCUAGCUUUCUUAUCUGCUCUGUUAACGUAACCCUUAAAUUUCCUCUCAAGCUUUGUCCGGCCGAGAACUUACAAAUUCAGGAAAUGCAUCACAGAAUAGGUAUUAUUCUCUCGGUAUUACUGUUGGUUCAGUUUGUAUCACUUGGUUUUGUGGAAGCUACACCUGGAAAAGGUUGUCGACCGGGUUCAGUGAUGUGUAACCGGAACGGGAAAAGGCAAGUAAAGCUUGGCACUCAGUUGACUCAGAGACGUUUGGAGGCUAAAGAUGAAACAUUUAAGACAAUCAAUGACGAGAAUCAAGAAACUCAAGAGUCUCAAAACAAUCCGUACAAUCGAAAAUGUCGACCAGGCGCGAUGUAUUGCAAAGGAAGAAAGCGUUCCUUUCAUACAAAAAAGGUUGAAGAUUCUGGUAAUCUGUUUGGACGAAUAUAGAGAGGCAGUCAAAACCUAUCUGGAUCUUUGUUCACUAGAAAUUAGCCUCACAGAUACACUUUUGGAUAGAGAAACUAACUAAAUUAAAAUAUAAAUGAAAAUUUUCCAACUCUCAAAAACUCUUAACGGUGCUUACGCAGGUUUUUUUUUUUUUUUAAGUAAAUUGAGUAGUCUUUGUAAAUUUUAUGUUUUGAAAAGAUUCCAGCUUACCGCAAUCUCAUACGUAGAUGCUUAAAUAAAGUCAGAAAGUAUAA